CUGUUCCAGCUUCCUCCGAGUCCGAACAUGGACGACGCGAGCGCCUAUGCAAAUCAGGGAUCGGAAUACCCGCCAAUAGUAGCUCGGCUUCGCUCUCAUCAACACCAAUGGGGAGCCGUCGGCAGGCUGGGCUUGGAUUUAUAUCCUCCAGCAUCUCGCGCUUGUUAUUGUCACUGCAGCUGUGGUUGCCGAGGAGGGCGGGUUGCGUGGUCAGCAGAGGCUACAAAUCUGGCCAACGGAGAGGCUGCUGCCGUCUGCGAGCGAGCACCCAAGAUCAGAUUAUAGCCCUUUCCGAGUGUCCACCCUUUUCCCAGUCUUCUCGCCAUGUCUGGCCGAGGGAAAUCGGGAGGCAAGGCCCGGGCCAAAGCUAAAUCUCGCUCCUCCCGAGCCGGCCUGCAGUUCCCCGUGGGUCGAGUGCACCGGCUUCUACGGAAGGGCAACUAUGCUGAGCGUGUGGGCGCCGGGGCGCCGGUCUACUUAGCGGCCGUCCUGGAGUACCUCUCGGCGGAGAUCCUGGAGCUGGCUGGCAACGCGGCGCGGGACAAUAAGAAGACGAGGAUCAUCCCUCGGCACUUGCAGCUGGCCAUCCGCAACGACGAGGAGCUCAACAAGCUGCUGGGCGGGGUGACCAUCGCCCAGGGCGGGGUCCUGCCCAAUAUCCAGGCCGUCCUGCUGCCCAAGAAGACCCAGAGCUCCAAGAAAUGAGCCUCCGGGCAGAAAGCGGCCGAUCGGCGACGUGCGCCUCGCGCCCCAUCCACCGAAUCUGGCGCUGCGGCCACCGGACGUUUCUUUCCUUUCUCUGCUGCGCUCGGUGCAGCCAGCGCUGGGCCUUCCGCGCGCACCCUUUCCCUUCCUCUUCUGCCUGGUGCUGCCCUCCCCCCCCCCCCCUUGUCGCCAUUCCCACUUUCGAGCCAUCUCCUCUUGUCGCUCCUGCCCCUUUCCUUCCCAGGGACGGGUGUGGGAAGAGCAGUGUCAAAUCUGGGCCACCCAAAGGGCACGUGUUCCGGUUCUGGCUACCCCCUUGCCCUACAAAUUGAUUCCCCCCCCCCCCCAGUGAUUUAACUAUAGAUCUACUGCUCUGGAGCUGCUUGAUCGACGGCACCUGUGUGAUUAAGUUUUUCUCCCUCAAAUCCCUUUCAGUUCCUAGGGGUUGGGGGGAGAACGGGAAAGAAGAGACAGUUCUGGAACCAGAAGAAUGGUUGGUGCUUGUUUAUUUUUUUCCCCCUUGAUGAACUGGAAAACGGGACUAACUGAAAAUGGGAAGGCACCUAGCCCCAAGGAAGCUUCGAGCCCCCUGCAGGAAGGCAGGGGACUCUGCUUGGCCUGCGGUUUGUGAAUCUGCCUGCCUGGAAAAGGGUGGGAAGUCUCAAGAAGGAAGGAAGGGUGACCUCUUCAUUGCUUUGCACGAAUAUUUAGCCUAAUCUCUUAAAACUGCUCUGUCCUAGAGCUCAAGAUGGUGAUGGAUCUAUCUGCCUGAUGUUGCUGCACAUCCUCAUUUAAUGUGAUCACAAACUUAAGGAUAAAUGGGGAAGGAAGGGGAGAGGCUGCCCGGAUAUAAUGUGGAAAAAAUCAAGAAAUAAUGCACAUGCUAAAAAAAAUUUCUUGUUUGCUGUAUGCUGAGGUAUUGUGUUACUGUAUUUGUACUGCAAUCCUACUUGUGUGCUCUUGUUAAAUUUUGAUUUUUGUCGUUGGUGAGCCAUCUUAAAUCUCUUGUGUAUUUCAGGAGCCUUGAAUACACAAGCGUUGAGACACUAGUCUGUAAGGAUACCUGAAGGAGGUUUCACUUCCUGUGGUGUGUGCACACUAGUUCAUCACAAUUGCCUCUGGGCAAACAGGUACUCUUCUUUAUUUAAAAAAAAUGUGAACGCCUGUUUACCAGAGGUGAAGGUGGCCCCUGUGAACAGGAGCCUCCUUUUCAACCUGCAUUUUCAACUGAAAAUGAUUUUCUGUCUUGAGCUUUGAAGUGGCGCAUUCAGAUUUUCUAAAUGCACUUAACAGCUUAGCUAGAAAGCAAAAAACCCUCAGAUUUAGGCCUAUUUCAGUCCUUUUGACGUCACUGGCACUAAAAUAAUUUAAAAUAAAAGUAUUUUUAGAAUGCUUGCUUGUUUCUUGGCCUAGACAGUAGUAUAAGGUCAACAGUGCUCACUGCUUCUUUGAAACAGCAGCAAUUAUAGUAUGUUUACCACCACCCCUCCCACUGAACUGUAAAUUCUGUUGUAGUAUCUCCUGCAAAUACUGGAGGUUACCAUUUGUAUCCUAGUUUGCACUUUAAGCUAUACACAGUGUUCUCUGUUCAGCAUUUCACUUCUAGUUUUUAAAAGGACAUGCAAGUUUGGUAUCAGUUUAGUGUUUGGGGGUUGGGAUUUGGGGGUGGGGGAAAGAUCUAUAAUUUAUCCAAGAGUAAGAAUCUAGUUAAUGUAGUGGUUUACUAAAUAGGUGUUUCGGUAAUGUAUGCGCAUGGAAGUUGGCCUCACUGGUCCUGUGAUGCAUAGUAACUGUGAUCUUUUAGAAAUGGUACUGGAGUCAAAUCUUGCUUGCUUAGGUAAAAGAUAGAACCACGUGCAUGCAGUAGUGUCUAGGCUAUGGGACAAGUGGCACUUGUAAUACUUUUGGGGCAACUGUGUAUGUGCUGUUAAGUAGCAUGUGUUGAAGCUAUCAAGUGAGCUGUAAAUCUGUGGAUGAAGUAUUGUCUUGCUCUGGUUCAGCUGAUGAUAACUAGACUAGUGGAACUUGGAAGCCUCUUUAAUAAAUGGAAAAAGAAAGCAGUUUGUUCACACACAGUACAAUCCUAAGCUGAGAUGCAUCUCACUGAAGUAAUGGGCUUGCAUACAUGUAAACUCUGCUUAGGACUGCACUGCGAGUUACAGUACAGGAGAAAUGUUACAUUGCUAGCAUAUUGUCUCUUCAGUGAUACCUGAGUAGAAGAACCUUGAUCUGCCCUUGUCUGGUCCCCCCCGCCCCGUCUCCCUCUGCAGACCUAGAAAAAGGCCUCUUGUUCCUAAACAGCUAUCUCAUUCCUCUGGCACUGGGCCAGCGUGUGGUUCAUGCUUUUCUUUCAAAAAGCACUGAUUGCAUCAUUGAUGAGAGGGACUGUUUAAAUGCAAAUAACUGCUAAAAAGUGGGAAAUUCUGAGUUUCUGUAUUCCAGUGUUUUUCUGUCUUUGUUUUGAAGUUCAGUAAUUUUUGUUUUGUCAAAUCAAAGAAUGCUUUGUAUUUAUUAGAAAAUGCAGAACUUGUAAUACUGGAGAAAGUGGAUAACCAUAUUCUUAUUAAACUGGUUCAGUCUUGAAUGCACAUAAAACUUGAUGUCACAUCAACAUGUCAUUCGAGGUUUUUGGAUCCAUGAGAAAUUUGCAUUUACACGCUAUGAUCCUCGAAUUUUUGCUGGACAAAAGGAGGGGGAGGGCAGAUGGUUUACAAAAGUUCCCCUUUUCCAUCCAAAAGAGCAGAUUUAAAUAAUGCAGACAAAUUACCACCGGAAUGGCAUCAAACUUGAAAUCAAUUUUAAGCAAACUAUCACUGAAUGGUCUAGGCAGUGAUGCUAGAACUGCUGUCUGACUCAAAUAACCAAAUGCCCUGCUUCUUCUUUAUCUCCCUUCUCCCUCUUGACAACUAGUAUCCAGAUACAAAUGUUUAGUGCAAGAACAGAAUUCUGUACAAGUGAACCUGUUUAAUGUUAGAGAAAUGUAAGGAAAAUUGGGAUUUUCCUAUGUACUUGUGUUGUGCAUAGGACCAUUAUCAGAGCGCCAUCCAGUUUUAGGCUGGAGCCAGUCUUCAAAGUAUAUAGCAUGAAUACACACCUGUGCAGUCCUAAGGAAGCAAGCCUAUUCAUUUGGAAACAAAACUUUCAAAUAAAUGGAUGCAGUGUGUAUUUUAUCAAAGUUAAUGUGAAAAGUCUCCCACAAUUUUUUUGUAAUUUUAAAAAAUGCUUCUGCAGGAAGUUCAAAACAACUUGUAUGAUGCUCUCAUACUCUUCUUCAAACGCUGACCAGAACUAAAAGCCUGUUUAGCUUCAACAAUGGUAACUUGUGACCUGUUUCAGACCACCAGGAUUUGCGUCCAGUGGCAACUUAGAGACCAUCAAGAUUUUCAAGGUAUAAACUUUCAAGAGUUAGAGCUCCUGUCUUCAACUCACGAAGGGAGCUCUAACUUGACAACUUGCAGCCUGAAAAUCCUGUUGGUCUCUAAGGAGCCACUGGACUCACAUCCUGCUGUUCUACUGCAGACCAAGACAGCUACCUGCCUGAAAUUGUCUUAGAUCAGACUCUUCAUUUUUAACAACUGUCAAACAAGCAGCUAACCUUGGCAGGAAUUUGGUUGCAUCAGUUGCUGGCCAAAACUUUUUAAGUUUUAAUUACAAGAAAAUUCCCUUUUUCAGUGUGAAGACAUCCUUUGCUCCAUAAUGUAAGCUGCUAAAAGGUUAUUUUAGAGAGCUAGUGUAGUAUAGUGGCAGUAAUGUUGGAUCAAGAUCUGGGAGACUUGGGUUCAAAUAUCCAUUAAAUGAUGAAGCUCGCUAUGUGAUCUCGGGCCACUUACAUACUAUCAGUCUAACUUACCUCUUGGGAUGCGAGAACAGAUUUUGCUCGACUGAAUAGCUGCCUUCCCUAAACCCACUGAAUACUGUUUGUCAAAUGAGGCUGUAAUGGUUCAAGCAAGGGGCUAGAAGUCACUAUUCAGAUUCUUUAGCUCUUCACAAAAUAUCUUUAGUAUAAGUUUGUGAAGUUUCUGAAUAGUGGCUUCUAGCCUCUUGUUUGAAUAAGGAGUUUGUUUGGGGAUAUAAUGAUCUAAAGAGUUGACCUUGCAUGCAACAGCAAGCUAUAUGAAAGGUGUAAAAUGGUGCAGCAACCUUCAUGAUCACUUAAUCCACCAACUGUACAACAUGUGGGUGUUGUAUCUUCAAUAAGAAUAUGAAUAUAGUUUUUUAUCAACUAACAAUUUGCUGGAUCAUUAUUACAAUUUAUGUAGAAUUGGCAUAAUCCACUUGAUAUAUGUGGAGCAAGUCAGUAGCUUGUACUCUGCAUUGAGGAGUAACUAUUUAAGAUUGUAAUGUCUGAGGCAGAACCUUGUUAGUCUGCAGCAAAAACAAACAGGAGUCUUGGGAAUU